GGGGGCAUGGCAUUGCCCUUCGAUGGCGCAAUUCUUCAAUGGCGACCGCCUUCGCUGCUGCUUCUCGUCGGCUUCUGCUUUGUCUCGCUCCUCCCGUCCUCUGCUCCCCAAAGCUAUCAUAAAGUGUAAGCUGUGUGUGAAUGCUGCUCAGUUAAUAUAUGCAUCUGAUUCUGCCAAAGUGAUGAUUUUCUGAGCAAGUGGAACAAAAAUGGCAGAUGCCCUGUUUGUGGUUCUCAGAAAAGUUGCUCUUUCCCUGGGAGAAGGUGUCCUAGAGAGGAUCGGCAGAGAAGUGGCUGAGGUAGCACCGAUUUUGACAGAUUUUGAGCACAGCAUGAAACAAAUCGAGGGCGAACUCUCUAUUCUGAAGGCCUUUAUUGAUCAGGUUAGUAUACACAAAGAUGGUGAUAAGGCAUUUGAUGCCUGGUUGGACCAAGUUAGAGAUGUCGCCCAUGAGGUGGAAGACAUCAUCGAUGAGUAUGCUUACCUUACUGCGCAAGACCCAGAUACAAGCAGCUUCUUCAAGAGAAAGUUCCAUCAGAUUAAGAACAUUGCAGCAUGGCAGAAGUUCCCUAACCAGAUCAGUCAAGUAGAAUCUCGAAUUCAGAGGCUAACGGAAAUGAGGAAUCGGUAUGGCAUCUCGGUAGGUGAACUCGACAAGGGUAACAAGUUUCAGCAACACAAUCAGUUCUCCAUGUCGGAUUUUGCUUACCUGACUGAUAACUCUGAGAUAGUGGGGAAUGUCGACGAGAUCACAAGAUUGACACAAUGGCUUCUUGAGGAGAAACAAGACCGAACUCUAAUUGCUAUAUUUGGUAUGGGAGGUUUAGGCAAAACUACAAUCACAAGCAGUGUCUACAAGAAUAAAAAGAUCAGAAGAACAUUUGAUUGUCAAGCAUGGGUUACUCUAUCUCAGACUUACCAAGCUGAAGAACUACUUAGAGAAAUCAUAAAUCAGCUAAUAGACCAGAGAUCAAGCAUGGCAAGUGGUUUAAUGACCAUGAAUCACAUGAAAUUACUAGAGGUAAUACAAAGCUAUUUACGGGACAAAAAGUAUAUUAUUGUCUUGGAUGAUGUUUGGGAUAAGGAUGCUUGGUUAUUUUUGAACUAUGCAUUUGUCAGAAACAACUGUGGAAGUAGAGUGCUAAUAACAACCCGGCAAAAAGAUGUGUGUUCUUUGGCUGCUGACAGCUAUGUUAUUGAACUGAAAACACUGAAUUAUGCUGAAUCAUGGGAGCUAUUCUGUAAAAAGGCAUUUCGUGCAUCAAAAGAUAACAAAUGCCCUGAGAACCUUAUAUCGUGGGCAAACAAAAUUGUCACCAAGUGUCAAGGACUGCUCCUGGCCAUUGUAACCAUUGGAAGUAUUCUAUCAUACCGUCAAUUAGAGGAGCAGGUGUGGAAAUUUUUCUACAAUCAACUUAGCUGGCACAUAGAAAACAAUCCAGAGCUCAAUUGGAUUUCUAGUGUCCUGAAUUUGAGCUUGAAUAAUCUCCCAAGCUAUCUAAGGAGCUGCUUUUUGUACUGCAGCCUCUAUCCUGAAGAUUACAAGAUAAAAAGGAAACUUAUUUCCAAGCUAUGGAUCGCAGAAGGUCUCGUGGAGGAGAGAGGAGAUGGAAUAACGAUGGAGGAAGUUGCCGAGUGUUACCUUAUGGAGCUCACUCAACGCUCUCUUCUUCAGGUCACGGAAAGGAAUGCCUGUGGAAGAGCUAGAACAUUUGUAAUGCAUGAUCUUGUGCGAGAGGUGACUUUAAUAAUUGCUAAAAGGGAGAAAUUUGGUAUUUCCUAUGGCAGCGAUGGUACAAGUACAACCCAAGUUGCACAUGAAGCUCGCCGCUUAAGCAUCCAAAGAUGUGCUGAGUCCUUAAAUUCUUUGGCAAGUUCACGGCUCCGCUCCUUUAUUUUGUUUGACACUAAAAUACCAUCUUCGUGGAUAUAUGAUAUUUCAUCAAGUUUCAGACUGCUGAGGAUCCUAUGCCUUAGAUUUGCCAGUAUUGAGCAAGUGCCAUGCAUGGUGGCAGAAUUGUAUAACUUGCGUUAUCUAGAUUUUUCACAUACAAAAGUGAAGAAGAUACCAGCAUCAUUCAGCAAACUUGUUAACCUUCAAGUUUUGGAUCUCAGAUUCAGCUACGUGGAGGAAUUGCCAUUGGAAAUUUCUAUGCUAACUAAUUUGCGGCAUCUACAUGUGUUCGUAGUCCAUGAUGUGCAACAAAGAUCACUGAAUUGCUUCGGUUCCACCAAAUUUCUUGGUAACAUUUGUCAUCUAAAGAAUCUGCAAGCUUUAUACACUGUUUCAGCCAAUAAAUAUUUAGUUUCACAGCUGGGGAACUUGACACUGAUGAGAGGUUUGGGUAUAAUGAAAGUGCAGCAAAGCUACAUUGAUGAGUUAUGGAACUCCCUGACUAACAUGCCUAACCUGAGCAGACUACUGCUUUUCGCGUCUGAUAUGGAUGAGAUUCUAAACUUGAAAAUGCUAAGGCCAUUGCCAAAUCUGAAGCUCCUCUGGUUGUCAGGAAAGUUAGAUGGAGGCGUGAUCCCAUCACUAUUUUCCAAGUUUGCGAAAUUAACGCAGUUAAAAAUGGACUGGUCUGGUCUGAAGGAGGAUCCUAUUAGCUCCUUAUCUCACAUGUUAAGUUUAGUUAACCUAUGUCUCACCGGAGCAUAUGAUAGGGAACAGCUAACUUUUUGUGCAGGAUGGUUCCCCAAGCUCAGAUCUUUGCAGUUAGUUGACAUGGAACAUCUGAAUCUGAUUAAGAUAGAGGAUGGAACAUUGAUGAGUCUACAUACUUUGGAACUUACUGGUUUAACGAACCUUAAAGCUGUACCAGAAGGCAUCAAGUACAUUAGGACACUUGACCAGAUGGUUCUGACAGAUAUGUCAAAUGAAUUCAUAGAGAGGCUGCUAGGAAGUGACCAUCACAUUGUUCAACACAUACCUGACAUCCGCAAUUUUGGCUCUUCUGAUUCUCAAGAAGCCAAUAACUUCAUUUCUUUGGAAUACCUUGCCAGUAAGUAUGGCACUGGUGCGAAGUACUCCCCUGCAGAAUGAGGCUAAUCUGGCAGGGCCUGUUAGCAAGAAAUAUGUGGUUCCUUUUGUAGGCCAGGCAUUCGGUGACUGAAUAGUAAUGCAGUUCAUCUAGGUACCAGGACACUAGAUGAGUGAAUUGCUUCUGCUUUAUACCUUAUAUAAGGAUUUCGACAGAUGCUUCUGAAAUGAUAUGCCACUGUCAAUAGAAGAAUUACUAAAGCGGAAUUUAACAUCUGUCUGUAUGAAGGAUGAAGCAUGUGCUGUUAGGUUAAAUUUAAA